AUCACUGAGCAGCUCAUGAUAUUCUUAUGAAACAAUUAGCCUUCGAAAAUGCUAAUGCUCACUGCCAUAAAGUGUCGCGAACAAUUAAGAAUGCUAAUCCCUCUCUCACUGAUAUGAUAAAAUCGUACCAAGAUAUCGGCACAAACUCAUAAGUCUCUUAGCUGAUGCGUUAUCAACACAGCUCGUUGUGGGGGCUGCUCUGAAGGCAGACUGUUACAAUUGUGGAAAACCUGGGCAUCUUAAAAAAGAUUGUAAAACAGUUAAGCGAGGCAGUCGAGAAAAUCGAUUCAUGGCAGACCGACCGUGCCCCCACUGUGGCCAGGGACUGCCCAGGGCAAGUGACUGCAAAUUCAAAUUCCAUGCUGAUGGUCAAACCCUAAGGGGGUUUGGGAAACAGGGGGAGGAGUGCGAGACCAUGUGUGAUAACAACAAAUACGGUCCCAAGACCGCAGAACAACGCUUGGCCAGCAUGGUCCCACCAACCACAGCUGGAAGUGCAGGAGGGGACCUGGCCACAGCCCAGUCAGUAACUCUAGAUACCACAGCAGUUGUUCUCAUCCCCACUGGGGUGAUGGGACCUCUUGGAAAUGGCAGGAGUGCUCUUUUGUUAGGGCGUUCCUCGACCACACAAAUGGGACUUUUUGUUUUGCCUGGAGUAAUUGAUGCUGAUUUUGUGGGAGAAAUCAAAAUUAUUGCUUGGACACUGUCUCCGCCUUGUUUUGUUCCAAAAGGGCAACGAAUUGCGCAAUUAGUACCUCUCCUCUCCGUGAUCAACCCUCGUAAAGGAGGAUUUGGGAGCACUGAAAAACCUGUAGUUUUGUGGUCAAAACAAGUAUCUAAAGAACAGCCUUUGUUACGUUGCCAAGUCCAUGAUCGGCACUUUUCUGGUCUGGUGGACACAGGAGCAGAUAUCACUAUCAUUAAUGUAUCAGACUGGCCUCCCGAAUGGCCACUGAGAGAUCCUACCUCUGCUAUUGUGGGGGUAGGAGGUCCUCAGAGACUCAAACAAAGUGCAAAGAUAUUAACUUUCAAGAUACCUGAUGGUUGGAUUGCACAAGUAGCUCCUUAUGUCCUCCGGGUGUCCUGUAUAUUAUGGGGCGGAGACUUGUUAAGCCAUUGGGGAAUCUUCCUGAAAACAGAUUUUCAAUAGGGACUGUUGACAAGCAGCAGGCCCUUCAAUUGAGAUGGAAAUCACAAAAACAUGUUUGGGUAGAUCAAUGGUCCCUGAAAAAAGAUAAACUGCUGCAUUUGCAUGACUUAGUACAAGAACAAUUGGCCACAGGCCACAUUGUAUCCACUACCAGUCCGUGGAAUGCUCCUGUAUUUGUAAUACCAAAGAAAAGUGGCAAGUGGCGACUGUUGCAUGACCUUGGAGCUAUAAAUGCAGUCAUUGAGCCCAUGGGUGCGCUACAGUUUGGUCUUCCUUCACCUUCUAUGCUGCCUCAAAAUUGGCCAAUAGCCAUCAUUGAUCUCAAAGACUGUUUUUUUGCUAUUCCUCUACACCCAAAGGAUGCACCCCGGUUUGCAUUCUCUGUACCAUCUGUCAAUCAGGAACAGCCAACACAAUGAUAUCAUUGGACUGUGUUGCCACAAGGUAUGCUGAAUAGCCUGACUAUCUGCCAAUUAACUGUAGCAAAUGCUUUGCAACCUGUCCGAAAUGCAAACCCUCAUGUUAUAAUUUGUCAUUACAUGGAUGACAUACUUUUAGCCACCGAAAAGGACAAAGACCUGCAGACAGUCAUCUGCCAAGUCCGCCUUGCUGUCCAAGGAGCAGGCUUGCAGAUAGCCAAGGAAAAGGUCCAACGUGUACCACCCUGGAAGUAUCUAGGAUGGAAAAUUACAGCUCACACCAUCCAGCCACAAGCACUGCAGCUGGCAUUACAAAUAAAGACUCUGAAUGAUCUGCAAAAAUUGUUGGGAACUAUCAGCUGGCUUAGACCUUUUCUGGGUAUCACUACACAGGACCCCCUGUUUCAAUUGUUAAAAGUGACCCUGACUUGAACUCUAAAAGACAGCUGACACCUACUGGACCACAAUGUCUACAGCAAGUAAUAGAGGCUUUACAGACACCUUUGACACUUUUUACACUUUGACAAGUCACUGUCUUUGUUUAAUGCUUCCAGUGUACUCCAUCAUCAUUCAGAAUACCUUUCAGCCAUAUGCCCUUCUAAGCAAAAGAAGACCCACUUAUGAUAAUAGAGUGGCUCUUUUUGCCUCAUACAUUUACAAAAACUGUAACUUCACGAUUGGAAAUGUUUGCCAACUUGAUUCAGAAAGGUCAUCACCAACUUCAGACUCUAAAAGCCAGUGAUCCAGAAUUCAUUUAUAUUCCCACCAACAAAAAAGACUUGGACUGGAUGUUAGCAGAAUCUCUCAGUGUGCAGACUGCACUUGCAGACUACAGUGGUCAGAUUUUAAUCCAUUUACGUAAACAUUCUCCAUUAAAUUCCUUAGAAGAAUUACCUCUGACUAAUCAAACCUUAUUUUCUCAUAUCCCACUUUCUAAUGCAGUUACAGCAUUCACAGAUGGUUCCAGGAAAACACACAGAGCAGUGGUCCUUUGACGAUCCACCGAAAAUCUCUGGAACCAAGAUAUAAAAUGUGUCGAUGGAUCGCCCCAAGUUGUUGAGCUUGCAGCUGUUGCGCGUGCUUUUCAGCUUUUUUCUGAUAUGUCUUUGAAUCGUGCAGGAACUGAGUGGCUUCUUGCUGUAGAAUAGAGAGUGGAAAGCCCCCCACCGAGGACUUGCCUUCUAUUCAGCACUGAAGAGCUGCCCGUGGUCCAAUGUGGCUGAGAUCUGCAGACAAACAUACAGAAGCUGGGAAAACUCAGGAGAGGAGGCAUGACUUGGGAUCCCCAAGGUGAUCUGAUGAGUUGGUGUCAGACCAGGAGUAAGAUACUGCAGUUCCUGCCUCCUGUGGAUUCCACAUCUCAUCAUGCUGCUCAGGUGGUGAGAAGAAAUAGUUUGAUGACCCUCGAGCACAAUGAUCUCCAUUUACGUGCACUUCAUAAACUCUCACCUGCUUUACCAAGGCAUCCUACCCAUGCCAAGAGAAAGUCGUUUCUGGAAAAAAGGAAAGAUCUACUGCAAGGUUACACCAAGACUUCUGGUUUCCGAUCUCCCAGAGCUGAGAAAAAGUCACAGAUAUCUGAAACUAAGCGGACUAGUACAUGAACACAGUAAGUUACU